GUUUGCUCCCCCUGCGUCCGAGAGUAUGCGGGGCAGACGAUUUCUAUCGCGGUCCUCGCAUCCUCGCUUUUGAAGGGGGGAGGUGGUUAGAAAUGUGGGGCGUUUGUUGUGGUACUGGACGCCAGCAGGAGUAGGGGUAACCGCGAGCUUUUCUUUCCCCGGUGUCAUGUUCGGGUACGCCGUGUGUUUGUGAGUGCUGACUCGCCCACUGACGAUGGAAUGCACUGUGAGGAGCAUGGCCGAAGCACAAGUCAGCGAGGAGCAAGCUGUGGUGCCCGAAGGACGCGUCGAGAAAGUUUGCAAGGAAUGGCUGGUGCGAGAAGAUGGCGUCCUGGCAUACAGGUUACAGUCUCAAGAAAUCAACCAGCGCUACAACCUGAACCGCACCAACAACCAGGUCCUCCGGUCAGACCUGCCCAUCGCCAAGACGGUACAACGCACCGAAGAGGAGGAGGCGCAGUUCCUGAGGGACGCCUACGACCACAUGCUGCACCAACAGGAGGUUGACGAUGAGAAGAUUGCCCUGGAACUCCAGCAGCAACUUCAGAGGGAGGCUGCCGUCCACGCCAGUCUUCAAGAGGAGGACGAGAGAAUGGCACUCGAACUUCAGAGGCGGGAACUGCCGAAGAAGCUUGACAGGAUAGAGAGGAGACGCAAGGACGACGCCUUGCCUGCUGCCCUGCGGAGGCUCUCCCUGGGAGAAGAGAGUGGCGUUGCAGACGCAGAGACGGUUGAGCGGGACUCUGACUUCUCAGACUUCUGCCUGCAACCCCCACCGGGACUGGAGGGCGAGGAACUCCGCCGGUUUCAGGAGGAACAGGACGCGGAGCUAGCACGACUACUGCAAGAGCAGGAAACUAAGAGGCGAGGUCAGAGCGCCAAGGACCGUCAGAUUGCCAUGGAGGCCCAGGACCGAGAACUGGCCAAGAUGCUGCAGGACCAGGAAAAGGCCCGGCUGCGCAGAGCCAGGGAGAGGGCACGCCAGAAGGCUAUGCUCCAGCAGCAGCAGCAGCAGGAUAUGGACACUAUUGAGGAGCUGAACCCUGCCAAUCGGCACACAGUUGCACCAAACUCCACUGCUGGCACAGCCGACGUGCUGAGGGAGGAGGAGGGGGAACGGAGGGAGGAACGAGACGAGGCAGCAUCCUACUUGGUGUCUCCCGGCAUCAAGAACAUAGCGGCGGAGCUGGACCCAACUUUUGGGCGCAAGAAGCACUCGCUCGAGCGGCAGGGUAGCGCGGGCAGCGGCCACAGCGCGUCCCGGGGGUCGCCCAACAACGGCACCCUCAAUGGCACCCUCAGCAGCACCCACAGCAGCACCGUUCCCUCGGCCAUGGGCGGUUCCACGUCUAGUCCGGCACUGUCUAACGCCUGCUACGACGACCUGGACGACGGAGAGGGGGCCGUGCCGCCCUACAUGCCCAUCCAGGGCCAGCGGAGGUCCACGUCCUUUGAGAAGGGCAAGAAGGCGAAGAAGUCGAGGGACGCUUGCAAGACCCAGUAGGCACCGUCCUCCGUGCACUUUGGGGGAACCUUCGCCUCCGAGCAUCGUUGCUCGCGAGGCGACGAUGUUUGUGGGAGAAGAAUGUGUUGGCUGACACAUUGUCGUCUGGAGUGGUUUUGUUAAGAAGAGGAAGCGUGUUACCUUAAAGGUUGAUUUAUAGAUAUAUCGCGGUGCUAAAUCGGCACCGACAAUGCACCGUAUCGGCGCCAUAUCACUAAUGUAGCGCGUAGUCGGUGCUGCAUUGACGAGGUCGGUGCCAUUUUGAGCACUGACCAAUGGCACUGCGGUGCAUGUGUGAAUGGGCCGUAAGGGAAAGACAAGUGGCUCUUGAACGUUGUUGGUCCUUUGAUGUAGGGGCUUCCGGAAUCCGGGAACAAAGGUUUGAGGUGAGGGUUUGUAACUGCCGUGUCGAAUGGACGUCUGGUCGCAGUCUAGGGAUCGGUCGGAACUCAUCGUUCGCAACGACGAUCGGACGACGAGUUUUUUACUCCGCAUUUGGCUCAUUUUAAUGUUUUCAUCCCUUCCCAUUUUGUUGUUUCCGGUGUACUAUAUGACGACCAGCCGGCCAAAGUUUAGCCUUUUUUUUCCUUUUUUUUUUGUAUGUCAUGCUUAUUUUUUUUACCCCAAAGUUUAAAAAAAGCAAUUACUGGGAUUUAAAUUUUUUUAUUUUUUAUUUUGCUGUUUGAGGAUGUUGUUGACCCGACGUGAAAUCAUGAGCUCUUGGUUAAGUAUGGCGUCAAGUGUGUGAGGGUUUUUUUUUUUUGUUUUUUUUUGUGGCGCACCUUUUUUAGUAUUUUUGCCUGCCCCAUUGUUUCGACGAGACAAACAUGCUUUUUUUUGUCCAGCAGCUAAAGUGUAUUCAAAAGAUAUUGAGACUAGUCCAAGAUAGGAGAAGAAAGCUAUAUAGUUUAUGAGCAACCUCUAUUUAGUCUAAAAUAUCUUUAUACACUUUCACCUGCCCUUGACUAUGCCACGUAUGGACCCUACAGUCACAUUGGCAGUUUGAAGGCCUUUAGAUUGAAGGUACCUAUAGAUAAAGGAGCAACGAGCCAGCAAAUGGCCCCUGAAAUGUUGCAAUCUGGUAGGUAAAUUCUCUAACUUCCUUCGACAAAAAGGCUCUUGGAAUGCCGGUGUGAUGGCAGGCACGAUCAACAAGCACUAAGUGGUGCAGUCAAGUGUGGGUAGGAUAGUACGUAGGAUCGUAGCUAAAAUAAAGGAAAGCCUUUUUCAAAUAGCUGCAGUGUGUUCACGUGUAUCAUGCGUCGUAUCUUUUUACUCUUUCUAUCUCUUUCUCUUGCCGUUUUGGGACUUCCUGUAUGCCAUACUACUCUGCAACACCAGGAGCAAUGCAUAAUCAUUGCGACGGCUUUUAUUUCUUGUACGUUAGCGUUGUGUGUGUACCCUUUCUGUGGUUGUAGAUAUCUCGAAGGGCCAUUCCAGAAAGUAUCUUCAAACAGUCCGUAAAGUUUGGUUUCACUAAUCAUGCAAUGGAAAAUUUUACUCAGCCAGAACAGUAUGUAGCUGCUGUUCCAAUUUAUAUCGGAACUUUUGCCAGUUCCUGGAAUAGCUCCCAAGUGAAAUCAUGAGUGUGUGCUGUCAUCAAUUCACAACUUAGCGAGUAAGAAAAGCAUAAUUUUAUUCUCCACUUGAUAAUAAAAAAAGGGAGCCAUCAUGCCUUCCGAACAACACCUGUGCAUCUGCGGAGCGUGCGUAAACCAAUCGUUCCUGUUUACAAAGGAGAGUGUAAAAUGAUGGGUAUCGAUAAUGCUGAAGCUGAAACAUGCAAAGCACACUGGGACGGUGAGCACUGGAAUGUCAUGCCGAGCAUGUCUCAGUGUAGACAGCCGUACUGGAUGAAGAUACUGUUAUGUCAGCAUUCGCAGAGCUGCUUCUGUAAACGAAAGUAAUUGGCUCUCUGCAUACUCUCCAAGGAAGUAGGCACACAAACUGUCUCUGUAUAAAACUCUUACCAUUUGCAGAAAAAAAAAGAUUUUUUUCCUGCAGUUGUGCAUCGAUUGUAGAUGUUCUUUUGAGUGGCCGGCCCCCGCGUAUUUAUUGCAAUCCUCGGCAGGUAGUGUGUUGACUAGCGUGUUGGGUGCACCCUAAUCAAGGUGCUACUUGCACAUCUAACACCUCAGCUCAGCUGUUAGACAAUCAAACUCUCCUAGGCUCGUAACUAACAUCACAAAAAGGAUGCACCUCAUGUGAUACGAUACUCUCGACUAAGCUAGCAAGCUCCAUCCAGAGUCACCCUCAAACUCGAACCUUAUCACGAGGAAAAUUCCUAAUCACAUCUUCCUUUUUUUCAAAAUUUCUUUUUAUCAUUUUUGGCGAUUCGAGAAUCUCUAAAAAAAAAUUUUGAGUGCAUAACUUAAGAUCUUUUUUUGUGCUGCUUUGGUAGCACACAGCAUUUAGGUUGAAAAUGAACAAUGGCCAUUUAGUAUUUUUUCUUUCAUUGUUCAGUGCUGCAUUAAUGCUCCGAAUAUAAAUACAUCAUUUUUCAAUAAUUGAAGUAAUAAUUGAGGUGCUUGGUACAAUGACCACGAAAUGCCUAAAGGCAGGCUAUACUACAAAAACUGCUGCAGUGUUCAGGCUAUGCAUACUGCUGUGGUUGUACAGAUUGACGCUGUGAAAGAGUGGAUUUAUUUUUAAGGAGUUAUUGAGCACCCAUCCAUGCCAUAAGUUGUAUUUAAAGCAGCUCGGCUUUUCCAUGUAAACAAAAAGGUUCAAUGUCACAAUCUUUGUUUUUCUGCCUGUGAUCAAUCAAGUCGACCGCAUUGUUUUCACAUUGCCCUUUAUUUUGCCUGUCAACGCUUCAUGCUCUACUGACUCAACAGACCUUGUACAGUUUUACAGCACUUUAUUGCUGGACUUAGGCACCUCAAAAGUUUGACUGCCUUGUACAUUCACUGCCUCAAGACAAUAAAUUGAAUUUCUCAUGCUCA